ACUACAUCCUACCAGAACGAUGUUUUGAGAUCACUCAAAACAGCAGCUAUUUCCUUUGGACAGCAGGUUUCAUCCUUCAAUUGUUAUCUAUUUUUGAAAAUCAGAAAAUAGAAAUUGCACCGGCAAAAACACAAUUAUAAACCACUUUUUGUCAUGGAAGGAUGAGCUGUAUCAAGAAUCACAGGGCUACAGCAUCUCAGAUUUAUGACCAAGAUCUAUUUUGUUCUUCUGGAAUAUAGGUGCUACUGUGCAUAACCAUCUCUAGCUAUGGCUAAUGAAACCACAGACAAUUAUACGAUAUUCUACAUUGCUGCUGAAACUUUGAUUGGGAUUUCAGCUUUCUUUGGAAAUAUAAUGGUGAUUUUGGCUGUGAAGCUGAACCCAGGUCUACAAAACACAACUUUUUACUUUAUUGUAUCUCUGGCACUGGCAGACCUGGCAGUGGGAAUUCUUGUUGUGCCUUUGGCAAUUAUUGUUACACUAAAUAUGGAACUUCAUUUUCAUGCUUGCUUGUUUAUGAGCUGUUUGAUCAUCAUAUUAACAAAUGCCUCCAUCCUGUCUCUGCUGGCUAUAGCCAUUGAUAGGUAUCUAAGAAUUAAGAUACCAACCAGGUACAGGAUAGUGAUGACAUCUAGAGUGAUAUAUAUCUCCAUCUUCAGUGUCUGGAUUGUAUCUUUUCUUAUGGGAAUUGUGCCAAUGUUUGGUUGGAACAACAGGUCCAAUCUACCCAAGGAAGAUCAAGACACUCUUAACUGUACCUUUACCAGUGUGAUGAGUAUGAACUAUAUGGUUUACUUUAAUACUUUUUUAUGGGUCUUUCUCCCUCUGUUGAUUAUGUUGGGUUUGUACAUAGAAAUUUUCUACCUAAUAAGAAAACAGAUGAAGCUGCAAGCUUUCAGUUCCACAGGAAGAAGUUCGUUUUAUGGGAAGGAAUACAAAACGGCAAAAUCCCUUGCAUUGGUUUUGCUAUUUUUUGCAUUGAGUUGGCUUCCAUUAUCUAUUUUGAACUGUGUGUCUUUCUUCAACCCAACUGUUAAUGACUUAGAUGUGUUUCAGCUUUCACUGUUCUUAGCCAUAUUACUGUCUCAUGCCAACUCCAUCAUGAAUCCAAUAAUCUACGCGUUCAAAAUACAAAAGCUUAAAGAUGCAUAUAUCCGUAUUAUAAAGUCAUGUUUUCUACAGACUACGGUGCUGUCUGAUAGCGCUAGUAAUGAGCAAACACUGGAUGAAAUAUCUCAAGAGUAGGACUUGUAUAUCUAAUUGAGAUGGAAAUAGUCAAUGAAGAUGUGAACAAAAUAAACACAAUUAAUGAUCACAUACAACUGAUAUCACAACAUUCUCUUUGAAUUAUUUGUCCUUGAAACUGCUAUUGGCAAUCUUGGUAAAAGAGAAGGGCAAGGAAUAAAAAAAACAAAAAAAAACAAACAAACAAACAAUGUAAUGAAAUAAACUUAAAGGCUUGUAUUCGAUAACUUCAAAAUAAUAUUAUUCAAAACAAAUUAUUGCAUUGGUAUUUACGUGAAUGGUUACUUUAUACUAUGGGUGAUGCAUUUAAGAAACAGCCAAAAUUACAGCGGUAUAACAUCUGAAUAAUGUUUAUGCAGUUUAGCUAUACUAAACAAAUGGUAUUAUUCUGAGAAGAGAAGGUCUUAUAUAUUAACGCUGCACUUCAUAGACAAAUUUUCCAGAUGCAUAAAAUUAUUAUAAAUCACAUCUCUGAAAUAAUGGGGAACAAAAUAAAUAAGUGUAAUAUAAAUAAAUGUAUAUAUUAUGUAGA